AUGACACAUGGCACAGUGCUCACGGGGAAGACAGCCCAUACCAUCCGCACAGCUUUGACUGCUCGCAGCCACAUGACCAAGGGGACCAGCAAGACACAGGGUACUGUCCUGUCGCGGAUGACCGCGCUGGCCAGUUUGAAGGAGGGGGACGACUUCCAAUAUCACUUUGGCACCCACAACGCUCUACGCCCGACGAUUGCCCAACGCGCCGGAGCACUACUCAACGAAGAGGAAGAGGAGGAGUUUGAGGACGAAUAUGGGGAUGAGCUCAAACCCAAAGGCAUUCCGAAGGAUAUCCGAAUACCAUCAUUCUUGAUCGUGCUUUGUUGCUUCAACAACACUGCCGCAUAUGUCAUGGAGUUUGCGACUUUUGCGAUCUUCUUCAAGGAGUUUCACAAGUGGGAGGCUGCGACUUGGGCGAGCCUAGCGCAGACCAGCGGAGAUUUGGUGGCAGCAGUCAUGAUGAAGGUCUUGAGGAACGACGUGGACGAGGCCGAGAAUGUGGGCUGGCUGCGCCGCAUCAUCAUGCAACCAUACAAUCUAGCCUGCCUCCUGUUCUGCUGGACGCUCUGCAACUUGGGGAUGAUCAGCCCUUUGUUGCCUGUUGCUGUCACGGCGCAGAUCAUCAUGGGCACGGCCUUUGUCUACACCAUAAAGAUGAGCACCGACCUAAACCUCUUCUACUCCAUGGGGGAUACAGCUGUCUUCCUCAAGCUUCAGGUCUAUUGCAAGAAUGCGGAAGCCCUCGGGGGCUGCAUCUUCAGCUUUCUGGGCCCUUUCCUCUUUGAGAACGUCAACGCCUUUUUCCCAUUCGUGGUCACGACGUGCAUGUCGGCACUGAUCUUUAUCAUCUUCACUGCAGGUGAGAGGGAGGGCAGAUCGGUUGAGCGGGACCGGGGCGUUUAG